GCAAAAUGUCAGUGAGUCAGCAGUAUUGGGCUUGACCUUGUCGGGCCUAGCAUGAACCUUUGUCUGGGGCUUUGUCUCCAACAACCUCGCCAUCGCCACCAGACUCGCCGUCGCCGUCGUCCUGUGCACCAGCGCCUUCAGACAUUACGUUGAGAAAAUGGCAAUCUUCCAAGCAAGAACAGGGCUUUCCAGAAGCUUCGCUACUCUUUCUUCUAACCCCUUGCGUGUUUGUGUUGUUGGGAGUGGUCCUGCUGGUUUUUACACUGCUGAGAAGAUGUUGAAGGAGCACCAAGAAGCACAAGUUGACAUCAUUGAUAGGCUGCCGACACCUUUUGGGUUAGUCCGCUCCGGUGUUGCACCUGAUCACCCAGAAACAAAGAUUGUCAUCAACCAGUUUUCAAGGGUAGCGCAGCAUGAAAGAUGCUCAUUGUUUGGAAAUGUAGCUCUUGGAUCUAGCAUUUCUCUAUCUGAAUUACGUGAGCUGUAUCAUGUGGUUGUGCUCGCAUAUGGUGCUGAAAGUGAUAGAAGCCUUGGAAUUCCUGGAGAAAAUUUGAUGGGGAUACACUCUGCCAGAGAAUUUGUUUGGUGGUAUAAUGGGCACCCAGAUGCGAGAAAUCUUGACCCAGACUUGAAAAGCACGGAUACAGCUGUAAUUCUUGGUCAGGGAAAUGUUGCUCUUGAUGUUGCACGUAUCCUUUUAAGGCCUAUAAAUGAGUUGGCAACUACUGAUAUUUCUGGUCAUGCUUUUGCUGCUCUGAAGGAGAGUUCAAUCAGGAAGGUUUAUUUGGUUGGAAGACGUGGUCCUGCCCAAGCAGCUUGUACUGCUAAAGAGCUACGUGAAAUUCUUGGUAUUCAUAAUCUUGAUAUUAAAAUUCAGGAAACUGAUCUGCUUCUAACUCCGGUAGAUGAGGAAGAAUUGAAAUGUAGCCGAAUACAGAGAAGAGUUUAUGAAUUGCUAUCUAAGGCAGCCACUUCAAGGCCUGCAUAUGCUGGUCUGAAUCAACGUGAGCUCCAUUUUGUCUUUUUCCGCAAACCAGAUAGCUUUCAGGAGUCAAAAGAUAGAAUUGGCUAUGUUUCAAGUGUGCGCUUUGAGAAGACAGUUCUUCAAGGGGUUGGCCCAGGGAAACAGGCUGCUGUUGGUACUGGACAAUUUGAAGAUACAAAAUGCGGGUUGGUACUUAAGAGCAUUGGUUACAUGUCAAUACCAGUUGAUGGCUUACCUUUUGAUAAUCAGAAAGGUAUAGUUCCAAAUAAUAAAGGUCGAGUGCUGAGUGAUGCUUCAGGGGAUCCUACAUUACUUGAGGAGGGCUUGUAUGUUUGUGGUUGGCUGAAGAGAGGACCAACUGGAAUUAUUGGCACAAACCUAUAUUGUGCUGAUGAAACUGUUUCAAGUAUAUCGGAUGACCUUGACAAAGGAGUUUUGGUAUCAUCAUCGAACUUGCCAAAACAAGGCAGAGAGGGUCUUCGCCAGCUUCUACUUGAGAGAAAUGUGAGAACAGUUUCUUUCAGUGAUUGGGAGAAGAUCGACUCUGAAGAAAAGAGGCGUGGAAGUACAAUAAACAAACCAAGGGAAAAACUAGCCACGUGGGAAGAACUACAGAAAAUUGCCUCAGGAUGAACCAAAAUUUCCGUACGACACUUCAUGAUUAGCCUGGUUUUUUACACCUUAUCCUACAAAAUAACCGAAAGAAAGCUUUCAAAUUGUAGAUUAGCUUUGUCAUUCUCUUCAUCUGUAAAGCAACAUUCUUUUUGUAAUUUUGCUUUUUUGGUCCUUGAAAAUUAUUUUGUUAAUCCUAUAUUGGUAGAUCCCUUACUGUGACUGCUAGGAAUGGAGGCAUGAAUGGUUGGAUGCAAUACAAACUACCAAUACAAUAUGCUUUUGAACAA